UCCUCCUACUUCAGCCGGUGGCUUGAGCCAUUUUCUUUCUUCCUGGUAUAUUUUUGUUAACAACAGGUCUAGAGGCUGCUGAUAGGAGGAUUAUGAACAACUUAACCAACAUGACAUUUUCUGGAGUGUUUUCAAGUGUGUGCCCAAGAAGGACCAGAGUAGUCCUGUUCUUGAGUCUUCCAGUAUGUUUUUUUAUUGCAAUGUGGUUUACAGGUGAAGAUCCUAUCACCAUCAUCAUUCAUCCUCCAGUUGCCCUUGUUGGUGAGCAAGUAACUUUGUCUUGCCAGCUGACGCCCAAAAUCCCUUCCAACACAAGUGUGCUUUGGUACAAAGAGGAAAAGGGAAGAGAUACUCCACUCUGCUCUUCCUCCAGCCUGGAUGGGGAGGUGGAGCAGUGCCAGCAUGAAGAACAGUGCAGAAUUGAGGCGCGCUGGGAGAGAAAAAGACUUCUCCUGAUUAUCCAAAAAGUGCAAAUAUCUGAUAGGGGGGUGUACAUUUGUGCUGUGAGUGGCAACGCUGUCUCCCAGGAGGCUGUGGCUCACCUUGAUGUUAUAGCAAUAGGGAACAAGCCAGCUUUGGUAAAGGAUCAGCAAGAGGAAAGCUCGUGUCGCUACACAUGCAAUUCAAAAGGAUGGUACCCAAAGCCUCAAGUCAUUUGGACAACCUAUGGAGGAGGCAAAAAAAACGUGGAGAUCAAGACCACUGUCACCUGGAGUGAGACAGACCUUUUUGUAGUACAAAGCAUCAUAACGGUUCCUUGUGAUGAUGUAGAUGUGAAGUGUGUAAUUAUGCUCAUCAAAGAAAAGAUAAACCAAACUGGUUCCUUGAAUGAAAUGACUCUACAGAAGCCAAGUACUGAACAUACUUUUACAUAUGAGAGCCAAAUGAGAGGUGAUUGUGUAAACCCCAAGGCUAUUUCAGGUAUUCCCCAAAGAGAACAUCUGUCUUCACUGAGCAAAACAAGCAUUCCAGAGGAGAAGUAUAGUAUUUUUGCAAUAGAAAGCUCUGAUGAGUUGCGUUGUGGACAGCCACCACCUUCUGACUUGACAACUAAUAGGAAAUCCCAUCUACAGCUUACUCAACAGAUAGAAAACCAUAACUGGCUCUGGAUUCUUUGUCUCUUUUGCCUGAUUAUUGUAAUAAUAGUGGAGCUCCAGGCACAAGGAAGAGCAAGGGAAGAUAGAGAGAAAGAGACCCUGAAGAAGGAGACUGAGCAACUGCUGGCACAAAAAAUAGCAGAGACCCAGAAGAAAGAGAUAGAGGGACUGCUGGCACAAAGAAGAGCAGAGGAAGAUACAGAGAAAGAGACCCUGAAGAAGGAGAUAGAGCAACUGCUGGCACAAAGAAGAGCAGAGGAAGAUGCAGAGAAAGAGGCCCUUAAGAAGGAGAUUGCAGCUCUACAGAAGAAGAAUGAGGAGCUGCAGAAACAAGGAGGAGCGAAGGAGGAUCCAGAGAAAGCAGCUCUACAGAAGGAGAAUGAGGAGCACCCAGUACAGGGAAGGUCAGGAAAGGAUGCAGAGAAAGAGACCCCGAAGAAGGAGAAUGACAGGGAAGAGGAGCUCCGUGCAAUGAUUGAGACACUGAAGAAGGAGAAUGAAUCCUUAAGAAAAAAAGAAAGAGAAGAGGAGCUCCGUGCAAUGAUUGAGACACUGGAGAGGAGGAUUGAGACACUGGAGAAGGAGACUGAGUUAUUGCGUGUGCAAAGAUACAUAGUUGAUGUCACCCUGGAUGCUGACACGGCUCAUCCUAGACUGCAAGUUUCUGAAGAUGGGAAGAGCGUAACAGACACUGGUGUGAUCAGAAAGGUGUCCAGCAAGGAGGAGAGAUUUGAUUCCCACACUUUUCUGUUGGCAAAGGAAGGUUACAUGUCGGGGAUGCAUUAUUGGGAAGUGGAUGUUGGAAAGAAACGCAACUGGAACUUGGGUGUUGCCCAGGAGAAUGUGGCACGAAAAGAGACAGUGGCUCUGUCCCCUAAGAAUGGUUUCUGGGUCAUAGGGUUAGCAGAUGGGCAAGAGUAUUGGGCCCACUCGGAUCCUUGGAUCCGUUUAAUUGUGAGUGGCAGACCACAGAAGAUUGGGAUCUUCCUGGACAUCUCAUCCAAGAAGUUGUCAUUCAUCAGCGUUCAUCAGAAAAAAGUGCUGUACACUUUUACCUCUGUUAGUCAUCACGGCCAGAACGUGAGGCUUUUUCCUUUCUUCUCUACAGGUUCAUCUGCAACCAGUUCUGACACUGAGCCUCUAAGAAUUGCAUAGGGGUUUGAUGAUGAUGACAAGUGAAUGGUUGAAGUGAAAAUGCAUGGCUAAUUAAUGACUGAAAUCCAGAGUCUGACGUCAGACUACACUCUAUUCAGACCCAUGCUUUGUGCCACCAAGCUGAAACAUAUAAAAUACUUCCACCAUUGCUUGUUAAGCCUUCCUUGAGCCAUUUCUGCAGGAAAACCCUGACUUCAGGCCACUAGUCACUGGGUAGAGAGAGCCUCCAGGUGUUUUUAUCAACCUAUAAAAUGUUUUCUAAGCCCAGGAGCUGAUAACUACUGUUUGUGUAUGCCUGUGUACAGAUCGUUCCAUCAGGUGUGAAGAAGAGCAUGAAUUCUUUCUCUGUGCACUGAUCAUCACAGGAAAUAUUCAUGAGACCUGUGUGCAAAAGUUGGCAACUGCGCUAGCACAGAAGAGCUUUCUGAUGAGCUGAAACUACACUGCUUAAAAAGAUUUAGAUACUAUACUAGAUGAUAUAGAUAUAUAAAUACUAAUACUAGAAGAUCACCAGCCAUUGCAGAUCCUUCUAUGUCAGCUGCAAAAACACAGUGCCAACUGAAGGCAACUUGGCUGACUUGCCAUCAGGGUUUCUUUCUGCAGAAAUUCUUUUUAUUUGGAAACGGUGUGAAGUAUGGGCCAUCCUUUAUCAUUUUUGUAUAUAGCAUAAAAUAUAUUCUAAAAAGUAUUUAGGAGAAUUCACAAGGUGCUAAUAUCCUUGCUAAUAUCCUCUCACUUUUAGUGAGUACAGAGUACUAUGGUUAGGCUUUGUUAGACUUGAUGAUCUUAAAGGUCUUUUCCAACCUGGGUAAUUCUAUGAUUCUAUGAUUCUACAGACAGAAUUCACACACAACAAUGAACAUAGCUAAGCUUCCAUGUCAAUGAGCUUGUUGUUGGCCUCUCCCACCUCUCAUAUUUCUAGAUUGAUGGAUUUAGCCUUUUUCUCUCCAAAGGAGAGAAUGGUGUUCUCUCAGUAUUCCACAUCAUAACAUCAUGUGCAGUAUGGAUCAUUAAAAGGUUCAUACUCCAGUUCCGUGGAAUAACUACGUCCCGGAUACUCAGCUCUCAGAAGAAGCACUACUGGGAAGUGGAUGUGGGAAAGAAAACUAUCUGGGAACGUGGAGUAGCUUCUGAAUCUGUGGCUGGGAAAGGGUACUUGAUUCUCUGCCCCAGAAAUGGCUUCUGGGUCAUGGCACUGCCUGAUGGGAUGGAGUACUGGGCCUACACUGACCCUUGGACCCAUCUGAAUGUAAGAUCAAAACCACAGAAGGCUGGGAUAUUACUGGACAUCUCAGCUGGACAGCUAUCAUUCUAUCUCGUCCAAAGUCAAGUGACUUUUUAUACUUUCAGCAUUGCUGAAAGUGAUAAGAAAGGGAAGCUCUUUCCCUUAGCAUUGCUGAAAGUGAUAAGAAAGGGAAGCUCCUUCCCUUUAUUUCCAUGGGUAACAGUGCUGGAAAGAAAGACCAUGAGCUACUAAAUCUAUGUUCUUAAGGUGAGUAGCCAGUGAAAUCUGCUGUAAGCAUUAACACAUGCAACUUCAUGGAGAACACUGUCUUGCUGUUUUGCCUCAUUCUCUUUGAAUCUUCAAGCCACUGCUGAUUUGACAGACCUUGGAACAGAUUAUGUGCCUCUUUGUUUGCCUAAAGAGUCCUUCCGUCAUUUUAGGGACCGUAAAGGUGAAUCUUCAUUAGCACCACGCUCUUUGGCUCAUCAAUACACACACUGGAACUACAUCGUCAUGUAUACAUUCACCAGUCAAACAACAAUCUGCAUUUUUGCUUUUAAUGUGAUGAAUAAAAUCAGUAUUUUCCCAGA